AUGGAGGUUGCUAUUGAAUUGGAUGAUGAUUUGUUUUUUGCAAAUUUGAGCAAGGAAAUCGCUCUCUUAAUUAUGGAUGAAGAUGAAGAUCCUCUUGUUUCUCAACCUCAAAACUCUCUUCAGGCUUUUUCUAGAACAACUCAUCCUCCUCGACAGUUUGAUAUCUUCUAUGGUCAAGCUUUGGUGACAAGAGAAAGCAAAGGAACAGGAGUGUUUAUUCCACAAGCAACACAACCAAGAAGGAAGAACAAGAAAACAAGAUCUAAUUCAUACUCAAAAUAUCCGAAACAAUCUCAAGAAACAAGAAUGGAUUCUCAAGUUCAUAACAAGAAUUCUUAG